AUGAAAGUACACAUCUCUGGCUUGGACUUCCCGGGACAAAUGGAAGGGCACCAUACUAAUAUCAAGCGAGAACCUGAAGAUUUGAAACCGGAUGGUUCCGUACUCGAUGAGCCUCGAUACUCGAUCGUUCCGGAGAAGGAUACAGUGAUUUCCAUUAAGGAAGAACGCGAGCCGAUACAAGAUAACCUUUUUGGAGACGAAGAUAUCAAGCAAGAAAUCAUCGAGUUCGGAGAGUAUGAAUUAAAUUCAGCUGAAAAUGAUUCCAAAGAUAGCGAACAUCGCGUUGAUGAGUUUGACAAUGGUCAUGCUGACUAUCUCGACGUUAAACCACCACUAGUUGCCAAGGAACUCGUCAUAAGAUUGGAAAAACUAGAUUAUUCUUCGCUGGUGAAAAAGCUGUACUCCAGCCAGCAAUGCGAACAUUGCGGGCAAACGUUUGUCCAGCAGUACCGGCUAGCUCGGCAUCGGAUCAGGAAACACGGGAGCUCGGAAACACCUGUGGCAAACUGGCCAAUUCGAAGUAGGAUGCACUCGCAAAAUUUUCAUUGCGAUCAGUGCGAUAAAUCGUACUACCUGGAAACUAAUCUCGCGAUUCACAAGUCCAAGGUUCACGGCGUUGGGAAUACUCCACCAAGGGAUAACGCAUUCGUGAAGCACACCUGCAAGCACUGUAAAUUCACUUCCCAAGAAGAAUUGGCCGAGCAUUUCUGCUUGAAGGGACUCUUACGCGAAAAGGCCCGUCCCUUCAAGUGUGACCUGUGCGAUAAGGCGUACCUCGCCAAAAUUCAUCUGGAGGGCCACUACUCCGUUCAUCCGGAAUACCACAACGUAAAAUGUGAUCAAUGUUCGAAGGGUUUCUACAACCAGAGGGAGCUCAACACUCACAAGAAGAGCACACACAAAGCAAAAGAAGCAUACAUCGAGUGCGGGACCUGCAAAAAGUCGUUCAAAUAUCGAAGCAAUUGGCUACGUCACCAGGAAGUUCACAGCGACUGCGAGUACUGCUGUGAGCAAUGCGGCAAAAAGUAUAGAACUCGAAAUUGCCUCAAAUCGCACAUCAGAGAUGUACACUUGCAUUCGACCGAUGAAGCAUUUCCCUGCACUAUUUGUGGAAAAAUAAUGAACGGAAAAAGAGCUUUGAAAAAGCACACCGAAAGACACGGCCGCGAACGGAAGUUCAAAUGUUCCUUUCCUCCGUGUGAGAAAAUGUUCCCCAACGGUACAAACCUAAGACAUCACGAGCAAACUCACACGAAGGAUUACAUGUACAAGUGCAAGUUCUGCGACUACGGUACCAUUUCCCGGGGGAGAAUUCGGCUGCACGAGCAGCAGGAGCAUGGCCACGACCGGUUCACUAGUGAGAAGGACUGUUAACGUUUAAUAAAGUUUAGUUCGAUUAAUUAUCCUA